GCGCCUGGAUCGGCUCUGCUAGUUUUUGUAACACUGGACUUUCCGGAUUAUGAUUAUCAAUUGUUCUCCUUAAGACUGGGAGACAGUUUGGUAUAGUUUUUAUUUGAUUGAGUUCACCAUGACUGAUGAGCGAGAUGAUAGUAAUGAGGUAAGAUUUUCUCUUAUUUCUUAAAAUAUAAGAAUUUGAUGGGGGAAUUUGAUAAAGAUGAUUUAAUCCGACUUUUUGCCUACCUACAAGGAGAAAUCGAUGCAAGGGAUCUAGUGCUGGCUUCUUUGAGGGCCGAGCACUUGAAUACAGCUCAUCUGAGGGCGAAGUAUGGGAGAAUAGUUAAUGACAAACAGGGCAAUAAGGAUUCCGAAGACCCUUUCCAGGCAUUGCAAAGAGACUCAGUAGGUUAGAUUUUAUAUCUACAUAUCACGUCAGUUGUUUGUACCUUCUCUGUGUGAUAGUGAAUCUGCGCUGAAACCUUUGUAUGACAGCCAGCUAUCACAAUUAGAAAAUCUCAUUUCAUCACAGCGAUACGCUCAAAAGAAGAUGCGAGACCAACUUGUUCUGAUGGAGAAAAGGUAUAUCAAGGUAUGCGAAGAAUUGGAAGAAGAGCGCCGUAAGCACGAAAGAGAUGCUGCUCAGGGAGAUGAUGUCUUGGUUAUGUUAGAAAAAGAGCGUGAAAGACUUAAAUCUGAGGUUGAGUAUGAGAAAUUACAAAACAAGAAACUUACACGUGAUCUGAAACGCGUUAUUUUGAGUUGGAGGGAGCGAAGUGUUCUGUGUAACAGGCAAAAGUUCGCUGCUGUUGCUCUAAUAAAGGAACGUAAACGCCUCUGUAACCAACUGGCUAACGAGCAGAAACGAGUGGCUGAGCUUGAGCGUGCUUUGCAGCAGAAUGACCCAAAUAUGAAACCAAGUGGUAAUACUAUCGACAUUAAGUCUACUGAGGUGAUUGUAAAUGCAGACAAUAAUUUGUGUUGCAAUCGCCAAUGCGAACUACUUCGGAAAAAACUUGUGGAAGAAACUGAAAGUCGGAAAAAAAUUGAGUGCAGUUUUGAGAAACUUAAAGCAGAUUACCAAAGGCUCCAAUGUGAAUCUCAUCCAAAGGAUACUACCUCUACUCAUCCCCAAGAAGAUUCAGUUGGUGUCAGUGUGUCCUUGGUUAAUGGUCCUUGGGUUUCCAGUGAAAAUCAAAGCUCUGCAGAAUGCGUUACUACCACUGGCUCAUCGCUCAAGUUCAAACCGAACCCUCCGCAGAGACGGUCUUCUGAUAAUCCCAUACCUGUAUCAUCCACCUCUAAUGUAACCCAAACGGAUUCUGUCCUUGUUUCCAAUAGUUCGAAUCCUUCUACCAUCUAUACUACUGGAGGCUCUCAGACAAGCACUGAACAAUGUUCUUCAUCGCCCAGGUCACCUUCUGGGAAUAUCAAUGAAAAACCCAGCAAUCAGCUAUCUGUUGUACCUCCAUCGACAGCAUCUUCCCCGCCUUCUAGAUCCUCUACACCAUCCCCGCCUCCACCACCACCUCCUAUGCAGUUACACUACCCGUAUCCAGGAAUGCAAGGACAUUUGAACCAUAGUUCUAGGAGUCAUGGUGGUCCUCCACCGUUCCUUCCAUGCACAAAUAAUAACCGUCCUGUACCGAGUUCAGUGUCUCACGCGCCUGUUGUACAAACGUGUAAAUCUAGAAACCUAAUACCUCAUCAGUCAAGUACACCCUACCAACCUUCGUAUUCAUCCUCACCAAACCAUUCUGUUGUCAUCCCUGGCAGGGUUCUUAGUAGUUCCAUUCAACCAGCACGUGGUGGCUCCUCGCGUAAACCAAUGGCUGUAAAUGUUCAGCAUACACAUUUCCAUCACCACAGUUCUCAUUCGUCUCCUCGUCCCGUUUCCCCUUUUAUACAACCUCAGUCAAAACCUGCUCCAGUAGCUGUUCAAUUUGCCCAGCAAAGUAGUUUAACACCAAACACUCCAUCACAUCCUUCCAUUGCUGCUCAUCAUUUUCCAGCUCAUUCAUCCAUCGUUCUCAUGCUUCACUUUCUAACCCAGUUUCUUCUAAUGCCAGACCACGAAAUCCAAUUCACAGUAACCAAGCAGGACUUACCGUAACAGUCUCUGCUGUGGGAGGGGGACAUGUAUGUGUAAAUGGGAAAUGAUUUAAAUUUAACAGUUGUAUACAUGAUUGUUCAGUUCAUUUGUAAAAUCUAACCAGCUCAUUCUUGAUCAGUAUGACAAGAUUAGCAAUGUUUAUUCAUACUAGUCGACAUAUGUAUAUAUGCAUAAGGAUAUUAUAUAAAUGUUUUAAACACCAACUGCUAAUACAAACAAAUGGGUGCGUAUUUUUUAUUACUUGAUUCGAUUUAAAAAAUCUAGUCAGAGAUUUAUCUACAAGCCCUAUGAUUACCACACCCUUUUCAGUCUACCAAGAUACACGUGUUAUGUAAAUCCAUUUUGAAGUAUCACAUUUCCUGUCACCAACCGAAGCCAGUAAAUAUCCUGAAGUAUUGUGCAAUUUAUAAUUGUCUUUAGUUUUGCAUUAAUUGUUGCAGUUUCCCGUCACUACUACUACUUCUGGAACCAAUAUUAGUGUAAUUAUUACCAUUACUGAUCUGUUAAAUUCUACUUCCAUUUUUAUGCGUAUUACUUAUUUUUCACUCAACGAGUGACAUACUCAGCUUGUAUUUUCUUUAUGGUAAACUUUGUGAUCUCUUUUCGUGAUUUCGUUCUCUUCCAUUUAGCUGAUCUGAUUUUCUCUCUGAAAGAAAUCACAUUUAUUUAUCUAAAUACUUGUUUACAAGAAAUAUUGCAUUUCACACUGAACAACUAAUCUAAUGAAUAUUUUGUAUGUUGGAUAACUUUGUUUGUAUCCCUGUGCUGUUUUUUCACUAGCUUUUCUUUUCGAUUAACUGACGCAGUGCGUUAUGUUACUGCAGGUAAAACUAAAAUUUAUUUAUACUUGUCCAAAAAUGACUUCCAUUCUUUCCUGCGGAUUAUAUACGAAUAAUGUGAAGAAACUUUCACCGACAGAUAUUAACUGAUGAACUGAAAAAUGGGGCGUAUUCAACAGUUAAUUCAUCCCAGUUUGGGAGUCGACUUUUUCUGGGAGUAGGAAGAUUAGUUUUGCUUUUCUGCCAUUAAGUGAUUCCGAAUAUUAAUAGAAAUAGGAAACUUUGGAACAUUGAAAUCCGACCCAGUUCACCACGAGAUCAGAAGAUUCUGAGUUUAAUCCUUGGCAGGGUCGUAUGUGCCUACUAGAUUAAACAGCCCUCCAGUUCUCAAUGUUUCUGCAACUGAUGUCAGUCCGCAGUGAAUACUAUCUAAUAAAUAUUGAUUAAUAACUCUACUUCUGAAGGAUGAUCACAUGAAUUAACUUCAUGUUGGUAUUUUGGCAUCCCUAUCCAUCGGGUUUUCAGUAAAAUUGGCAAUUUAUCAAACAUUCCUCGUAUUGAGUUGGACAGAAGGUAUGGAAACGUAAAUACUGCCCUGUCCAAGUUAGUUUCCCAAAGAUCGAACGUUUUAUGGAACAAUAUUCGCUAAAAAAUUGUACUUUUCUUCUGCACACGUUAAACACAAGCUAUAAUGUACGUGUUAAGUCUUCUUAGCAAGCAUGUUGAAUCUUUUUGUUUGUCAUAAUACAUUUCUAUCAUCAACAUACUUCCUAUAAAGAGUAACUUUAAUAAUGAGACCACCGGUCGAUUUUUCAAUAUGUGGCAUGCAAAUAUCAGCUAAC